AUGGAUGAUCAACCACAAUUAGAAGAAAAGCCAAAUAAAUUGAUGCCGUCUCGUUUCAUAUUUGAUACUAGAAUAAAUAUUCCAGUGCAGAUGUUACGUCAAGAAGAAUGCCGUGUACCAUUUAUUGUUGCAAAUGGACCACGUUCAAUAGAAUUCGAACUUAAAAUUAAUAUAGCGGAUUUUCGCCAAGAAAAUCCUGAAUUACUAGUGGAUUGUAAAAAUGAGCUGCGUAUGCAAAUUCCUGGAUUAAUUGUAAUACGUUUUGGUGCUUCAAAAGAUAUUGAUAAUACUGUAGAUACAGAAACAGUAAUGGACGAAACACAGGAAACGAAUUUCGAACACAGAUUUAUCAUGCGUGGUAUGGACCCAUUUUUGGAAUCAUUGCACAACAUUAUUACAUCAACGAAAUAUGGAAAUGGUUUAAUCGGUUUUAGCAUUCUUAUGAUAUAUCAGGAAGCAGAAUUCAUGCGAUUUGUCAAACAGAAAAGCAGACUUCGACCAUUGACACAUAGAGAAAUUCGGAAUUGUCACUCAAAUAUGAAAGCCUGCAGAGAUUUUCUCGUGUACGGUUCAGAUGCGUAUUCAAUAAUAUAUUCAAAAUGGGUGCUUUAUAUGAGUACCAAAUAUUUUCAUAAAUUAAUCGAUGAAAAUCCAACUAUCAAUCAAACAACAUUAAAUUAUCCCCAUGAUGUUAUAAUCCAUGCUAUUUCCUUAGCAUUGCAAAAUCAGUUCCAGCAGGGAUUUCAAAUGGAUACUAGAAAAAUGUAUCAGAUAAUCGAAUUACUUUGCAUACUAGGACCAAUUAAUGUAGACAUAGCUAUCGAAAACGUUGCUAUAGAACUUGAAUGCAGCAUUUUUGAAGAAUGGAAAUUUAUAGAUUUAGAUGAUUUAGUGCGAAUACUAAUAUUACCAAAGUACUGGGAAUUGGAGGAAUUAAAAGUUGCAGCACGAUCUGUGAUCAUCGACCUUCACAACAAACAGUUCCAGAAACAAUACAAUGAGUAUUCAACAGGUGAACGAUGUGCAAUAUAUCGGGAGCUUAUAUCCAGCGGCACGCUAAAUGAGAUAUCUAAGCCAGUAGAAAGUGAACUUGCAAAGAUCAAAGAUAUGAGCUGGAAAAUGAGCAUGGUGAGAAAGACAGUGGAAUUCAUUGAAGAAAUAGAUUCGCAAUAA